AAACGAUCCGAUUUUUUCUACAUUUUCCGACCGUCUGCGGAGCGGAUCAACCCCCGGUUUCGGCUUUUCCGUAAAGCGGCGGUGGACGUCACCCCCUUCGGCCGAUCCUGGAAAUUGAUCCGCCCGGAAAAACAGCAUGUAAGCGUUUAACGGACCGCUUUUUCCGUGACAUCCAUCGAAAAAAACUUUAUCGACUUUCUUUCGAAAGAAAUCGCCCAAAUACUAGCAUCUCCUUCGAUCCUCCAUUUUAACGAUUAACAGCGUCUCGGGCGGGACUCCAGCGUCCUCCUGCACAUCCGUACGCCCACAAUUUAUAUUUUAAAACCGAAUAUUUUUCAUGUCAUAAUCUUGUAUUACUCGAUAACGCCGAACGUUUCGACUCGACUCCAGGCUCGUUUUAGGUUAAAAAACUUUCACAUUCGUUAUCUUUUCUCAUUUUCGAGUCUACGAAAUAUUGCACUCCGGACUGCUGAUCUUUGCCGCAGCCCUUCCAGCUGUCCGUCCCUACUGCAAUAGGCGUCCCGUGGACACUUUCCCAUCAGAGUCAUUCUAUUGAACUUUAGAUUGCCUCUGAGCAUUUUUUUCAAAUUUGAGAAAACUGUCCGAUUUUGUAUCAAACGUUAUCGCGGUUCACGACGACGUGCAGAUGUUUCCAGAAUUCCCGACCUCGAUGCUUGCGUUUUGAAACUCACGAGUUUCAACCUUUCCGAGUGCCUUAUGGUGAAAACCCUUUAAAAAACUUAAUUUUAUACCAAUUGAACACAAUAUCUGAGAAUAUUAAAAUCCGAAGGAAAAACAUCAGAGGAGUGCAUAAACAAUGUUCAGUUUUCACAAGCCGAAAGUCUACAGGUCAUCAACAGGGUGCUGUAUCUGCAAAGCGAAAUCGAGCAGUUCAAGGUUCACGGACAGCAAGAAGUACGAGGAAGACUUCGUCGACUGUUUCCAACUGCCAGAGAAGAGAUGCGGUGAGGUGUGCAACGCUUGCGUUCUCCUCGUCAAGAGGUGGAAGAAGCUCCCCGAAGGGAACGGCAGGAAUUGGAGACACGUUGUUGAUGCUCGUGCUGGACCUGGCACAAAAUCCAUGACAAAGUUCAAAUCCCGCAAUUUCAAUAGGCCAAAACCUAAGCGCAAGUCAAUUGACGAAGAUCAAGAUGAGCCUGUACGUAAGAAGAAGCCGAGAAAGUUGAGAGAGGUUAGCCCCGGAGAAGAUCAAGGUGAAGAAGGGUCCGAAGAAAGUCCAGAAGGUAGUCGAAGUCCGACUCCGAGUGAAGAUCCUGAUGAUGGCCCAGUAAGCAAAAGACUGUCCCCAACACCGCAAGUGUCGGGAUUCGUUGAUCUCACAAUUUGGAAAAGAGAAAAGAUCUGCUGUGGGACAAUUUUUGUCGGUCCCGACGGCUCGAUCAUUGUUGACCCACGUUUCGCCAUCCCGUGCCGGAGGCGAAGAAACGGGGAAAAGUGCGAGCCUUUACCCCCUCCUCCUGUUAAGGCGACAAAAGUGUUCAGCGAUGCUUCGUCCGACUCUGGUUACGACGAAUCGUCCAAUCAGUCAACAGAGAUCAUUAGACAGCCGAUACCUGCAACAAAUUAACAGUAAAGUAUUGGUACUGACCGUUGGUUAUAAUAUUACAUUUGUUUCCUAGGUACAAAGGAUGGUUAUAUUCACAGUUGGCAUGUCCCAAUGUGUUUCUCCUAGUCGUGAGUUGUUUUUAAACGUUAUCUCAUUUAGAAAAUGUAUAUUGUUAAAAUUGAUUACUCUUCUGGCAAGGCUUAAAAUUCUUUAUUUUUAUUUUUGUAAACCACUAUUAUCAAUUAAAAUUUUAUUUUAUUUUAUUAUUUUUUUUUUUACAUUCUCUUAAUCACGAAUUCAAAGUAGAAACCAUUUUCACUGUGGGUAAACCAUCUUUUAGAAUUGGUUCAAAUUUAAAUAAGUUUUUAUGGAAUAUUAUUUUCAUUCAUUGUGUCCAAAAAAUUUAUAGCUCACAAUUGUUUAUAUUAAUAUAUAAAGAAAUAUUUUGUUUCUCUUUACAAUUUGAUGGACUUUUUGUUUUCUUUUUAUAAUUUUAAGUUGUUAUUUUGAUAGUUUAACUAUAUUUAUAUUUAAAAUUUUAUUCGUAAAGAUAGAUCGACUUCAUACCUUUAAAGAGAUUUUAGCUGAAAAUUUAUAUAAUAUUAAGGCUUUUUUUUUCUCUCUUAAAAUCUAAAGAAAUACUUUUUUAUAUUUAUUUAAAAUUUGGAAUGGAAGGUUGUAUGAGCUAUUACUAAAUUUGUUACACAAAACAUGAUUAAAUAUUUAAAAAAAUCGACAUAUUUUAUAAACUAUUCAAAACACAAAUUUAAAAAAAAAAAAAAAAAAAAAAAAACGAAAUUGUGAUCGAUUGGGAUUCAAUUUGUCCGAAAGAUUUAAUAAAUGAUUGGUUAUUUAGAUAUUUAAGAUUUUUACACUUCCAGUUAAGAGGUUUUAUUAAAAGCAAAUUACAGCUGUUUUCGCUUAGGUUAAUUAAGUUAAAAUUGUCACACAAAAAACAAACAUUAAUUUAAUAGAUUAUUGCACAAAGUGUAGCCUAAAAUCGUAUCAAUCAUUAAUCGUUUAUCCAUAUGAUAAAUGGAUAAUUAUCAGAUUAAUAAACAAUUAAUUUUUUAAUAUUAAAACAUCGAUUAUUAAUAUUUUAAUACAUUCAGUACGGUAGCACUUUUGUUGCCGAGAUGGGACAUCGGACAAAAUUAGGUCGCUCAGGGUUGGCACUUCAUUUUCCGGGAACUUGUUCCGUUUACCUUUUUACUUUAUUGAUAAAUAAAAAAGUCUGAAAAAACCCUAUGUACCUGGGGAAAAUCAGGAAAAUCCUAAAAAUCCAAAAUUCAAAAAUUUGAAUGAGUCCAUAUGAACAUGAAAUCAAUAAUUUAACUGUAAGUGAUAAUUCUGUAAAUCGAUUUAAAGAAGUAAUUGCACAAAAACAUCAUACUUACAGGCUUAAUAAAAAUUUACUGAGGGGGCAUCGGUGGUCGUAAUUGUUUAGGCGUUGACACGGCGCUCAUCACUGUAAGGUAAAGAUCCCAGGUUCAGAUCCAGCGGCUAUGCAUUCGGACCUGAUAUACUUACAAAUGGGCUUAAAAAAAAAAAAAAAAAAAAAAACGGCACCCCAAGGGUUUAUAUAACCUCAGUUGAAACACCCUUGUAAAAAAACAAAAAAAUCGGGAUGAGUUGGGUGUAACAACAUAGGAUAGCUUGGUUCAAAAUGAGGCCGGAUAGAGACAGAUCGAACGUUUCCAGAAAAAGCUUAGCCCCAUAAUUCAUCAAAAGAAAAUAGAGGGUCUAAAAAACACACGAGAGUGUCCCACUGGCCCAUUGGAUUUUAACUUAGGAUGCACCAUUGCGUCCUCCGUACUGAAUCUGUUAGAAAUAUUGUUUUUCUUAGUCUUAAGAAUUAUUCCUAUCAAAGUAUUUCUAAUAUUUAUGUAGCACUGAUUUGCAUGUGCUCUCCUAACAUUGUGCCUUUUUUUAAGUGGAUACCGUGUGCGCGUCCUAGAUGUACCUCUUUAAUUGAUUUGGUUUUUAUAGAUUUCUCCCUUUUCUAGUCAUAAUGGAUAUAUUUCAUAAUAAAUUGUUUAAAAAAAAUCUUUACAUAUUCCAUAACCAAAAUUCAUAGAAAAACCUUGUGCAACAAAUAAAACCAAAAUUUUAUUUUUAAUUUAUAUCAGUAUUUGUAAUACUGAUAGCCCGAAGUAUGCCGUACUUGAAUAAUACUCCACAUGAUCAAGGCUUAAUUUAGGAAAGUGACAAUAAUUUUUUUACAAAUUAAAUAGGCCUUUAAAGAAACAAUCAUAAUUUUUUUUUUAAAUGUGUUUUGGGCGUUUUCCUCGGUUUAAAAUGAGAUAUUGUCUUCUGAAAAAAAAUUGCAGUGCGAUAAAAAAGGGAGCAAUGUUAUAUCUCAAAAGUGGCCUUAAAAGCGCCUCGUAUUUUUAGUAGUUUUUUGGUAACUCGCAACUUUUAUUUUCAUCUACGUCUUGCUUUUAUAACUAAAACUGUGCAUUUUCUGUCCUUGUCUCUUGUCUAAGGAAGACUGCUGUAAUUUGUUGUUAAAAUAAAACCCUUCAAUUAUAAAGUGUAUUUAAAAAAAAAUUAUAUAGUCCCAAGCACUUCGAAUAUGAAAUGCUCAAUUCCUCUGGACAAAACGCCAAAAUAACUGUAGAAUUUUGGGGCCAAUUAAAAAAA